AGUACGUAAGCUACUCACAACAGCUAUUGAUAAUAGCAGUGAUGCCAUGCACCUCAAGCAUAAUCACGUCAAUGCAUUUGCUUGCCCUUACAAUGAGAGCUGCUAUUGCAUUGUAAAUGAAGGUCACCAUAAAGUAGCUGAUUGUACAGUUUGUGGUGAAUCUCCUGCUCUUAGUGAUGACUACUGGACCUGGUUUAAUGAUGCACAAGGACCUGUUGGUAACAAUGGAACACAAACAAAACAAGAUAUUGAUCAGCCAUCAGAUGAAAGACCUGUUGAGAGUAACAAUGAAAAACAAACAGAACAAGAUAAUGAUCAGUCAUCAGAUGAAAGACCUGUUGAGAGUAACAAUGGAACACAAACAAAACAAGUUCAUGACCAAUCAUCAUAUAAAAACCUCCUGUUAGACAAGAAGCCUGAAAAGAGUGACCUCCUUAGGUUAUUCAAAAGUUCUGCUGCCCAUUACAUGCUCAUUGGUACUGCACUUGAUGUUGAAGUGGAUGACCUGCUACCUACUCCAGGGACUGCUACUACUCACCUCAUACUAGUGUUCAAGAGAUGGAUAGACUUGGAUAAAGGAGUGACCUGGAGGAAAGUACUUCAAGUUUGUGAUGAUUUUUCAGAGGAACUUGGAAGAGUAAAAGCUGAAGUGGAAGGAUUUCUAUCAUCAGACAGAGCCCGUGAUAAUUAUCAAUAAUAAUAAUAAGAUACAUGCAUGUACACAUACUUAUUAACAUUUUACAUUAUACACUGCAUUUGCCUGUGUGCUUAUAAUACACUGAAUUAUUAUAAGUUAUUCUUUGUUUUAUCUUCUUAAUUAUACAAUACAUUAUUUUGCCAAUUAUA